CUCAUCACCCCAGACGACAUACUCUCGUCAGACACCGAACACUGCGCUCAAUCAGGUAAUCACCAAUGGCUACCCGCCCAAGUUAUGGGGUUGAGAUUGUUCAUUUGUGUGAUGAACCAGCCGCCGACAUCGUCUUCGUCCACGGCUUUCGAGGGGACCGCCGCCGUACGUGGGCCACAAGGCAGUUGAAGGAAUCCAAACCGUUCUGGAAAAGUAUCAAGGCAGGGGGCAAGCGCCGCGAAAGCGAUGAAACAGCACCCGGCGGCGAUGUCUUUUGGCCGCGUGAUUUGCUUCCUUUUGAUGUGCCCAACAUCAGGGUAUUCACAUUCGGCUACGACGCAAGUAUUGCGACUGUAAUGAGCCGGAGCGCAAACAACAGCAUCUUCUCGGCUGCUCAGGAUUUGAUCGUCCGGCUUGCUGCAGCUCGGGAAUCUCUACGUGGCGACUCUAUUCCCAUCAUUUUCGUCGCGCAUUCUCUGGGAGGAAUUGUGGUGAAAGACGGCUUGAAGUUCGCACAGGAUCAACGAGAUUUCCAGCCACACCUUUACUCUGUCUUCGAGAUGACUUUCGGCAUAAUGUUCUUUGGAACGCCCCAUCGCGGAAGCGAGUUGGCUAGCCUCGGCCACCUCGCUGCGCGAAUCGCCGGCUUGGGAUUGGCAAAGAACGAGAAUCAUCUGCUACGAGCUCUUGAACAAGGCUCACCGGAGCUAGAAAGAAUCGCGGAUUCAUUCAGCAGGAUGCUACCCAGAGAUGGCAAGGGGCUCGCUGUCUACAGUUUUCAAGAGGGUCUACCAGUCUCCAGCCUGGGCAGCAAGGUUGUGGAGUCGUCUUCAUCCAUCAUUGGGGAUGCUUGCGAGGGCAAAUCUGUUAUCCAUGCAGAUCAUAUGGCAAUGUGUCGUUUCGCCUCCAGAGACAAUGAUGACUACCGGCUGGUAGUUAGUGUACUGCGGAGAUGGUUGAAUCAAAUAGGGCGAGGGAAAGGCGUUGUGGCAACGCCAUAUCUUCAAAGUGCUCCUCCUCGGGUAGCAAGCACCUCGGGGGGGCCAACUAGUUCCACGACAUCAAGCGAACCGCCGUCGGCCUCGAACGAAGCCGAGUAUGAUCAGACCAUGCACAGCGAUGGAAAGAUCGACCUACAAAACUCUCGACUCCCCGACAAACUGAUUCCAUCAGUGCCUCAUAGGAAUUUCCGCGGCCGUGAUGACGAGUUGUCCUGGAUUAAGGCCACUUUCGCCGCGGCCGGCAAGACACCUGGAACACAACGCCUAGCUGUGCUGUAUGGACUAGGAGGCGUCGGUAAAACGCAGGUCGCCUUGAAAUACGCGUUUCAGGAGUCUUCGAUAUACCGUGCUAUAUUCUGGAUCGAUGCGAGUACGGAAAGUUCCAUCCUGUACGGCUUCGCUGCAAUGGCGCAGUCCAUCGUCGACUGGGCCGCGCGUAUCCAGGGAUCCACUGUCAAUUUCACCAGAAUUGGGCUCGAACUAGGUCUCGCACAGGUGGUGGACCCUGCAACGGGGCAUGUGGCUGCCAAGGAUACCGCUACGCUUCGUAUCAUUGUCGACGCUCUGAGGAGGUGGCUGUCGCGCCCAGAAAACCGCGGCUGGCUACUCGUCUUUGACAGUGCGGACAACCUGGAGGACGUAAACCUGCCGAACUAUUUCCCGCAGGCCCCGAGUGGCGACAUACUCAUCACAUCGCGCCAGACUCACGCGAUCCUUCUCGGUCCGAGCCUGGAAGUCAAACCACUAUCGUCGGGAGAUGCGACCUCCAUUCUUCAGCAAAUGGGAGGCUUCGAGGUCGAGGAAGAUAAGAGAUUCUGUCGCUUGAUCGCCGACGAGCUCGGCGGCCUUCCUCUCGCUAUUACCCAGGCGGGGUCGUACUUGGCCACAGUCAAGGUCUCGCCGAGAGUGUACCUUCAGCUGUACAAGGCCCAGAGAGUUCGACUUCUGCGAAAUAGACCGCCAAUGUCGGCGUGGAACUACCAGUACACAGUGUUCUCUACCUGGGAGGUCUCAUUCGGCGCGCUUGUCAAAUCUCACCCGGCCGCAGCCCACCUUCUGCGAAUAUGCUCUUUCGUCAACGCUCAAAGUGUUCCAUACGCCAUGUUUGCCGCUGCUUCUCGAAUCGACGGCAGCCGAGCCAAUGUCUGGAAUAAUCUAUGGGACGGUCGCCGAAAAAAGCUCGUGACCAGAACCGUUGGAUGGCUCACUAAAGGUGCGAGGUCGAGCCCACAGAGCCGCCGCCUGGUAUUGACCCCAAUCCCGGUUCUGAAGCAACUCUUUGAACACGAAUUCGGCUUUGAGCAUGCUCUUCAGGCCAUAUUUGAGCUCUCCUUGGCUUCCGAGAACAGUAACCAAGACGGGCUCGUGAUUCAUCCCCUUGUUCAGACCUGGUGUCAGAACCGGGAAGAGAGUCUUGGGUCGCAUCAGUAUCAGGACGAGGCUCUGAUUUGCGUGGCCCGGACCAUCGACCAAUCCACGCCACGCCAGGCUAUGUGGCUUCAAGCAACGCAGCAUUUGGCCAAUUGCGUUUCGAUUCUAUCUGGCUUUGCGAAUCGAGAUCGCGAUUGCAAGGUGGGUGUCGACAUUCUCUGCUCCAUGGACGUUGUCGGCCGCGCUCUUCUGGACACGGAGCGACCAGGUGGAGAAGGCACGUUUUCCGUAUUGCAUCGGUCACUGCUACGAGACCGAGGAGAACGGCACCAACUCACCAUUUACGCGCUUCAAAGAUUGGCCACCGCCGUUGAGACGGAGACAUCCCCGGAGGCAGCCGAGAAAUAUUUCCGGCGCGCGUUUGCGCACUCGAUUCGGUACCUGGGCAAGAACCAUCCGGACACACUUUCAAUCGGAAACAACUUGGGCACUAACUUGAUUCUUCGGCGGCGAUGGGCCGAGGCAGAGCCUUUCAUGUGGUCCAUCCACGCGGCCAAGGCAUCUCGAGAUCCUUUGGGACUGCAAACAUUACAAACAGAACUCAACCUUUCUCUCUGCAUCGCUGCUCAAGGUCGGGCCGAAGAAGCCGAGGUGCUUUUGAACGGCCUCCUCUCAAAGCUACAGGACGCCGACGACGACGAACAUGUUCAUCUAUCUGUGUUGGCCCGCGGUAAUCUUGCUCUGGUGUACUGUUUGCAGCGGCGCUGGGAUGAUGCUGAGAGGGUCUUGAUCGAAUCUGUAGCUCGCUCAGAGGAGUAUUUUGGCCUUACGCACCCAUUCACUAUUCCGAGGCUCCUCUCUCUGGACGGGUUCUACAGAGGCGCUCAACCCGACGUACUGGAAGUUCCGGUGCCACCGAUGCAGUUGCACAAGUCAAUUGCCACCCAAACCCGAGUCAUGCAGCUGUGGGACGACAUGGAUCUGAACCUGAAAUACAUGUUUCAGUCCAGGAUGUUCGAUCUGUACUACUCCAUUGGCGACAUGGACGCAGCCAUGUCCAUCUUGGACCGUUUUGAAGAUGCCUUGAUCCACCGCGGCGACGGGGAAUUCCUGGCAAAAGCCCAAGCCGAGAUGGCGCUUUCGCGUGGACUGGCGCAAUGGGAUCAGGGCCUGCUGGGCGAAGCGAUAGCAUCGUGUACCGAUGCCAUGCGUCGGUUCCAGGCGAUGCCGGGGCGGGAGGAAGACGUAGCAACCGCGACUAUGAAUCUCGGCGUGGCGCUUCGGGAUGCGGGAGACACGGCGCAAGCGGAGGCGCUUCUCGUCCGCAGCCGGGAUAUCGAGAGCCGCGUUUCGGACGGACGGUCCGUGCUGAAAAUCGACACGCAUCUCGCCAUGUUGUACACGGCAACGGGCCGGUGGGCGGAAGCGCAGCGACUGGUCGAAGAGACACAGGCCGGCAUGAAUGAGAGUGUCGGGCCCCUUGAACGAUUCGCCCUGCUGAACCGAUAUGCAACGGCCUGCCUCCACGAAGCGAAAGGCGACGUCAACGAAGCCAUCCGCGUCGCUAAGCAGACGUUCGACGCAAAGAUGCUGGGCAUGGGACCAGAACAAACCGCCACCAUCAAGACGGCCUUGAUGCUAGGUAGACUCUACCGGCGUCUCGGGCGGGAGAGGGAGGCUGCGGAGCUGGCAGAUAAAAUCAGACCGUAUCUGAAAUAUGCCUGAGGUGGUCGAGGAUGUUAGUAGGUAGGUACUCGUGAGGUAUCUAUAGGUCGCGCUGGGUACGUAUGAAAGCAAGAGGAAAGGGAAGAUGCAGAUCUCGGGUUGGUUUGUGGAUUAUGUUUCCAGGAGAAGCGCAGAGUACAACAAAGUAAACACGAUUUAUG